AUGUCUGAAGCUACUACUGAAGCAAAAACUACUGCUUCUGAUCCAAAACCUAUCGCUACUACUGAUGAUGGUUAUUUAUCUCAGGAAGAUGAAGUCUUUGAUGGUAACGAUAUUGAAAACAAUGAAGGUAAAGUUUAUGAAGAAUCAUUGGAUUUAGAUUUAAGUCAAAGUAGUAGACAAAUUUGGUUAGUUCGUUUACCAAUGUUUCUUGCAGAAAAAUGGAGAGAUAGAAAUAGUUUACAUGGUCAAGAAUUAGGUAAGAUUAGAAUCAAUAAGAAUGGUAGUCAAAUUAAAUUGAUGCUAAAUGAAAAUGAUAAUGAUGCCAUACCGCAUGAAUAUGAUUUAGAAUUAACUAAAAAAGUUGUAGAGAAUGAAUUCAUCUUUACAGAACAAAAUUUGAAAAAAUAUCAACAACGUGAAAAGGAAUUAGCAGCAGAUCCUGAAAAACAAAGACAAGCUUAUUUAAAGAAACAAGAACGUGAAGAAGAAUUAAAGAAGAAACAACAACAACAAAAACGUAAAAAUAAUAGAAGAAGAUUUAAUCAUAGAGUUAUGACAGAUAGAGAUGGUAGAGAUAGAUAUAUUCCAUAUGUAAAGACAAUUCCAAAGAAAACUGCAAUUACUGGUACAGUAUGUCAUGAAUGUCAAGUUAUGCCAUCUAUGAAUGAUCCAAAUUAUCAUAAAAUUGUUGAAGCAAGAAGAAAUAUUGUUAAGUUUAAUAAUAAAGAAAAGAUUACAACAUUAGAUGAAACUGUCGGUGUUACUAUGAGUCAUACUGGUAUGUCUAUGAAAUCAGAUACUUCGAAUUUCUUAAAAGUUGGCCGUGAAAAGGCUAAGAGUAAUGUUAAAUCUAUUAGAAUGCCAAAGAAGGAAAUUUUGGACUAUUUGUUCAAAUUAUUCGACGAAUAUGAUUAUUGGUCAUUAAAAGGUCUAAAAGAACGUACAAGACAACCCGAAGCUCAUUUGAAAGAAUGUUUAGAUAAAGUUGCCUCUUUGGUUAAGAAAGGUCCUUAUGCAUUUAAAUAUACUUUGAGACCAGAAUAUAAAAAAUUAAAGGAAGAAGAAAGAAAGGCAACAUUAGGUGAAUUGGCUGAUGAUCAAACAAGUGAUUCUCAACAAAAUGCUGAUGGCACUAGUAAUGGUGAAAACGAAAACGAAAAUGAAGAAAUUGAUGAUGAAAUUGAAAUGGAAGAUGUUGUUUAG